GAAACUGUAGUGUUGGGCCUACGUGGGAGUAAGUAUGUGGGCCAUACAGAACAUGGGAAGUCUCUGAUAGAAUAAGGAUAUGACUGUCUUUUCAAUGAAAUGAGCGUCGAAGUUAUCGGGGAUGAGCGUCCGAAUGGAGCAAAAAUGUGAUGUCAGAGAACAGAAGGAAGAGGAAUAAUAAUAAUAAUAAUAAUAGAUAACGGAAGAUUGUAUGUAGACAGAGAAAGUGGAAUGUGAGAGAAACCAAAAGAAAGUGAAAAAGAACAAAAGAAAAAGAAGAAGAGGAGUAGCUCAACCCUGACAAAGCCAGCCACCACCCCAUUCACCACCAGCCACGCCGCCUCUUCACCGGUCCUCUUAUUCAUACAGCUUCUGCACAAGAUAGACAUCUCCUGAUUCUUUUGUCCCUAAAUUUCUGUAUGUCUCUUAUUCUUCUUUCCUAAGCUUUUGUUUUUGUUUUGGAUUCGCAACUAACGUGUUUGUGGAAAUUAAGGAGUAGUUCGUCUCUGCGGUUUAAUUUUUGAUGCAGAAGGUGGUUUGAUCAAGGCAAUGAACUGGGGUUUUCGGGCCUUGUUUUUUUAGGGCUGGUAAGAGAUGGGACUGAACCUAAACAAACCGAUUACGCUUCUUGGUUACAGGACUGUUUGACUGAAUCCCAUUAAUCUGAAAUCUCUAUCCAGUCGUCCCUCAGAUAAAGACCAUUCCUUUCAUGGGCUUUUUCCUGUCCCGACACCCGUACACAUAUAUCUCUCCCACAUAAAAGCAAGCGAUCUUUAUCCAUUUCUUCUUGUUUUUCUCUAAAUACAUAUAUAUGUGUUACUAUUAGAGAGAGAGAGAGAGAUGAAAAUCUUGCGGGAUUUGUUUGGGUUUUGGGGGAUAUGGAGUUCUUGAUUUCGCGUUUGGUGUUGCAUCCAUAAUAUUAAUUGCUGAGGGAGAAGAAGAGGGAGACCUUGGUUUCUUUUGGUGGUGGUGCGCAUGCACAUGGUAACUAUAGCCGUAGUUUUCAGCUUUCAACUGUGUCGUAUUAGAUUCUCAAUAGCCAGAGGGUAAGACACGUUGAGUUCACAGCUCUCUUCUCUAUAUUUGAAACGCCUCUCUCUAGUCUCCAGUCUUCCCUCGAAAUCUGCAUGCACCGUCAAAGGACAAAAAGCCAAUCCAUUUCUUAUUUAACAGUCCUUUGAGGAGAAGGAGAAAGAAAACCCAAUCCAAAAACCGAACACCCAAACAAGAAAAUAUAGUAAGAUGCAGCAAGAUAAAGGAGGGAAUGAAGAGAUCAUGAAGCAGAAUCAAGAUCGAAGACUGAAGCCGAUGCAAGGGGAGAAUCAACAGCAGCAGCAACACCAGCCGCAGAAAUGCCCUCGCUGUGACUCGCUAAAUACAAAGUUUUGUUAUUACAAUAAUUACAGUCUCUCACAGCCUCGAUACUUUUGCAAAACCUGCAGAAGGUACUGGACUCAAGGUGGAACCCUAAGGAAUGUCCCUGUCGGAGGCGGUUGCCGGAAAGGAAAGCGAGGAAAAACAUCAUCAUCAUCAUCAACAUCUUCUUCCACUAGUGAGAAUUCUAGGUCUCAGUCGCAGCCACAUUCUUUGAGCUUGGGGAGCUCACAGAAUAUCAUGUCUACUACAAAUUCAGCAGGACCUUAUUAUCCAGGUGGUGGUGGUGGGUUCUUGACUUCUUUAGCAGCAAUUCAAUCUUUAAAUAACCAACCGCCUCAAUCUUUUGCUCUAAAUCAACCAGUAAAUCUGGGUGGUGAGUUGGGAGUUCCUUCAAAUCUGAGUCUUUUGCAUGGUUUUAAUGCUUUUGGAUCACAACAGCAGCAGCAACAAAUCCAACAACAAAGGCAAAUCUACCAUAUGUAUAAUCGAGAAAACAAGAACGGAGACAAUCCAUUUUAUGGCAGCUCUUCUCAAUCUCAGCAGCAGCAGCAAAAUUGGCACCAAGGUUUUGUCAGUACCACUAACCCUACUGAAUCUGAUACUGCUUUGUGGAGUAUCAGCACCAGCACCACUACAGGAACCACUAACAGCAAUAGCACCGCCACCGCUGGCCCCUUUCAUUUGAACCCACCAGCUGAUCAGUGGCAUGAUCUACCAGGUUAUGGUCCUCCACCUUGAUUUCCAAACAACAGACUCUUUCAAGGAAUUCUUUUGCUUUUUGCAUACAGAUUACCAAUGAAUCUUUCUUGCUUUGUCUUUCCCUUCAAAUUCUGAAAAUGGUUUCGUUUGGCGAAUUGGGUAUAAUUUGGUUCUUUUCUUGGAAUAUAAAAAAGUGGUGUAAAUGCAGGAGAGUACAGAGUAGUUACUAGUGUAUUGGCCUUUAUGCUUAUACCAUAGAGAGAAUUGCUGUUUUUGGGUUAGGUUUGUUUGAACUUUUGAUCAAAGAUAAUGUGCUUGCUUUGGUUUUAUUUAUUAUUUAUUUCUCUUCU